AUGACCAAGGCUCCCUCCCAGCUGGAAAUAGGUACAGAUUCUCUGGUGACCGACCGACAGACCCCCGAAUCGCGCUCCUCGCGUUCACACAUUCCGGACUCCCCACGACCACCCCCCGCCCCCGCCCCCGUCGUGUUAGGCUCGUCCCCACUCUCGCCCACCCGUUACGCAGCCGCCGCGUCCUCCUGCGCUCGCUGCGCCCCGGCCCUCGGGGGAGCGGGACUCUCUCAGGGAGGCGGCCGGGGCCUGGGACCAAACGGGAAGCCCCGGGAGGCCGUCCCGGGCGAGGAUGGGGGACAGCGGCUGUGUCUGAGGACCGCCGCGGACGCCAUGGCCGUGGAGGCGGGGCCGGAGCUCGCUGCUAGGGUGGCGUUCCCGGCCGCGUUCGGAUGGCUGGGGUCUCACUUACCUGGGGGGCGCAGGCGGCCGGGAGCACCAGGGGCCGGCGGUGGGGUGGGUGGCUGA